CAUCCAUAUAGUAGGUAUAUUUAAUAAAAUUCGUGAAAAAUAAAAUCAUUUGAACUAUAUAAAGUGCACGUGUUAAAAAAAAUAGAUUUAAUUUAUUUGUUAAUAAAAUUAUAUAAAAAAUGAGUUCUAAACUUGCUCAUAGUACAGAAGAAAAUGAGCGCACUAGUGAUAUAUGCUUCAAAGAAAGCACUCCGUUCAGCAAAAUGUUAUUAAAGGAUGCUGUUAAGAAAGGUUUAGAUAAUUGUGGCUUCCUAUAUCCAACUAUAAUUCAAGCGAAUGCGAUCCCCAUCGGAAAAGCUGGAAUUGAUUUAUUAUGCCAAUCAAAGUCUGGAACCGGUAAAACAUUAAUAUUUUGUACGAUACUCUUAGAACAAUAUCAGGAUAUGAUAAGGGAACUUCAAUCAUUAAUUUUGGUUCCAACACGGGAAAUUGCACUUCAAAUCGAAGGAAUCCUUAAUCAAAUUGGAGAACAUUUACAAGGAUUUCGAGCUGUUGCUGUUAUAGGUGGUUUAGAACUGACGAAUGAUCGAAAAAAAUUAGCAAAUGCUAAAUCUGUUGUUGGAACACCAGGACGAGUUCUACAUUUAAUUCAAAAUGAUAUGUUAAACACAUCGAAAAUUUCUCUCUUUGUAUUAGAUGAAGCUGAUAAAUUAAUGUCCAAGACAUUUUUGGCAGAUUUUCAGAAAAUAAACAAAAGUCUUCCAAAAAAGAAACAAAUAAUUGCAUGUAGUGCCACAUUUUGCGAUGAUUUGGAUAAAAAAAUUUCAAGUUAUAUGAAAAAUCCAUUAUUAGUUUCAACAAAUAAGGGUGCAACAUUAUUGAUUGGAAUCAAACAAUUUAUAUAUGAUAUUCCUGAAGAGAAGACAAGUAUUUUAGAAAUGUCUUCUAAACUUAAAGCAUUAAAGAAAAUAUUUAGUAAAAUAUCUUUCAAGCAAUGCUUAGCUUUUGCAUCUUCUCAAUCAAGAGCUGAAUCAUAUAAAAAUGCUAUGGAAAAAGAUGGCUGGCCAUGUGAAGUAAUAACUGGUGCACAAGAUCAAAAAACUCGAAUAGAAAUUUUCAAAAAAUUUAAGGAAUUUAAAACAAGAAUUUUGUUUUCCACUGAUUUGAUGGCAAGAGGAAUUGAUUCGGAACAUGUAAAUUUAGUUUUAAAUAUAGAACCGCCCGAUGAUGAUCCAACAUAUUUACAUAGAAUAGGACGUGCUGGAAGAUUUGGAUCACAUGGAAUCGCGAUAACUUUUAUUUCAUCACAAAAAGAAUCACAAAAAUUCAAAAUAAUUACAGAAACUAUCGGGUCUGGUUUAAAUAUUUUCAGAUAUCCUUACAAUGAAUCAAUAGAUAUUUGGAAUUUUUCACAAUUAGAAAAUGAUAAUAUAUUAGAGACUUACACAUUUUAUGAAGAUAAUAUAAAUAAAAUGGUUGAUUCCGAUAAAGAAAAUGUUAAUGAUUUGAAUACGUCUUCUUCGGCUUAUAUUGAUUCAAAGACGUAUAAAAUUGAAUAUAUGGAUGAUCCAAAUGCAAAUAAAAUUAUGAUGACAGAAACAAUGAGUUCCUUACAAAGAUUACCUUCUUCAAAUACAAUAGAUGACGCUAGUAGCAUUGCUCCAGAUAGUGAUGUUUUACGAAGUAAUUCAAUUGGUUCUAAAGAUUUAACAUUAUGUAAACGUCCAAAUAACAAUUCAAUGUCACUUUUAGAAGUUUUAAUUGAUAAUAGCAAAAGUAGUUCAACUGAGCAAAUAGAUUUAUUCGAAGAUUAUAAAUCAUUUGAUGCCAAUUUGAAUGAAAGUCCAGCCAAAUCAAAAACAGAAGAAACUGAAAAAUUAAACUUAAAAGAUUUAUUAGUUGAUACGAAAAAAUCUGCUAAACCUACAAAAGAUGUAUUUUCGGAAUAUGAAAAACUCAAAGAACAAGGAGAUGAUAUGACUGAUAGUAAUAGCUAUUCAGUUACAUUAUCGCAACAAUAUGAACCAUCGGCUGGAACAUCUAGAGUAGCAAUGGAACAGUUAAAAUUAAAAAUUCCAGAAAUCGAACGUGAUUUUUCACAGAGUUUUCAAAAUAAAUUACAAAAACAACAUUUUCCAUCACCAAAUAAUAAUGUUGAUGAAUUAGUAAAAGUGAAACUUAAUCCUAUUGUUUUAUCCCCACGCCAAAGUGAUAGUUCUAAUGAUUCUGUAGCUUCAAAUGCACCAUCAUUUUCGGUGUCAUCAGAAGAUGAAGGAAUUUCUUCAGGUCGUGUAACUUCAGCAAAAUCAUCAGGAAUUUCUACAUCAACAAAUGAGGAUGAUGAUGAAGAAGAAGAUGACAAUGAUGAUGAUAGUUCUGAUUAUAAUUAUAGCGAGGAAAGUGAAAAUUCUAAUUUAUCAGAUUCUGAUAGCACUUCUGAAGAAACAUAUCAAACAUCCGAUUCUAAUAAUGAGAAUGAUCAUGAAUGCAAUAAUAAUGAUACAAGCAGCAUAACUCAAACCGAUGAAUUAGAUGAUGAAUUAGAUGAUAUUACCGAUACUGAUAGUGAUAAUGAUGAAAAUAAUGAUAAUGCAAGAAAUAAAGAAGAAAAAUUUGUGAGAAAACAAAAUAAUAUUUUCAACUCACAAAACUUCCAUGAUUUAAAAAGUGAUUUAGGUGCAACAAAUGAAGAUUCUGAUAAUAAUAUAUAUACAAAUCCAAAUUCAAGUGAUCAAAAUUUUAUAUACCAAAAUGCAUAUGCACGUUGGACUGAUUUGUAUUGGAAUCAAAUGACCCAAAUACAAGAUUAUGUAAAAUUUUGUUCAUAUGUCAAUAAUAACUCAAAUAUUUAAAAUCAUAGAAAUCCUAUUUCCUUCUAGUUGUAAGAAUUUCGAUUGGAUUAAGUGCCAAGCUAUCUGGAGUAAAUGAGAAAAAUACUUUUGAAUGUAAAUUUUUGUGUAUUUCUUAAAUUAGAAACUGCAUACUUAUUGGUUCUUGUUUAAAUAAAAAUAUAGUCAUAAAAUAUUUUUUUAUAUCUAAAAAAGAAAAUACUAAUAAGGAAUAUAAACUAAUAAGUAAUUACCAAAUUGAAUUUCAGUUGUUAAAAAAAAUGAAAGUAAAGUAGAUAAGAUGUUUAUAAUGUAGAACCUAAUUACGUUAAUUUUCUGAAUAAAUUAUUAUGAACUUAAA